AUGGCCGCUCAAGAGGCGACGUUGCAGAAAACUUCGUCAUCGGGGAGAAACCUAUUCGCUGAUCUCCGCUACUUUGUAGCAUCGUCUAUACCUAUUCCAGAUCGUACCGGCCUUUGUAAACUUCUGAACAGGGAGGGAGGUAUCCAGGUUGACGACAUUCGCCUGGCACACAUCGUGUUUAGCAAAACUGAAGAAUUUGAAGGGUCCAACCGGUGUCCGAAAGAAACUCCCAUAGUCCUACCGGAAUGGAUUCAAAGGAGCCUGCUGAACGGACAGCGGCAAGAUCCUCAGUAUUUUUCGCCAGACCCACGAGCCAUCUUCUCCACAUUGGUCAUCGCCUCUGACCAUCUUCCGCCCGGAGACCUCGAAGCCGUCAUUGCGGGCACGCACGCCAGAGGGGGUCUAUAUAGAGAUGGAUUCACGCGUGAUGUUACGCAUCUACUUGUACUCGCCCCAGCUGGAGACAAGUAUCAUACAGCCCGCAAGUUUGCGGACAAGACUGGCGUCAAAAUUGUCAUGGCCAACUGGUUCGACGACUGCUUCAAGACUGAACAUAGAGUGCCAGAAGAACCGUAUGAGCAGGCAAUCAUACAAGCUGCAAACGAGUACCAACAUGCGUUGUCCUCCGCAGUGAAUAGUGCAAACCUCAAAAGAAGGAUGUCACGCUCUGCAAGGAACUUCUACGAUGCCCUGGAGAAAGCCUCGCCUGGUAAACUCGUUGACGAGGAACCCUCCGGUUCUGGUGUCAAAUCAGUUUCGAAGACCAAGACGUACAAGGUCUGGAGUGGCCACCGCAUCUUACUCAGUCACUCCCUCUUACUCUCCGAUGAAAGACGGGAAACGGUCGAACUCGAGCUCAAGCGCCUCGGAGCACAAGUUGUGCAUGCGCUACCACGGGUCGACCAGGAUGGCGACUCUGUGAUGGGGGAAGAGAACGAGGUACAGAUGGAGAUUGACGAGUGCGAAAGGUUUGAGUUGGCGUAUGCCGAUCAGCAACAUCUUGGGACGGCACCAACCAUCAGCGAACGAUAUCGAGAAAGAGAUCGCAUCGAGGCGGCGAGGAUUGUCAGUGGCGAUGUAGACGUCCUCAUUACCAAGUACCGGAGUGGCCUCCCCUAUAUUGCCGCCGUCCGGACGAUGCUCAAGUCGAAUAACUCUACCCUCAACCAGCCAUAUAUGGACAGUAUGAUGGUUGGGACACUUGCUUGGCUAUUUUAUGUCCAUAUCAACGGUGCGAUCACACCCCCUACCGAACAGUUGCUUCAUUUUCCGGCACGACUGGGCGCAGUGCAAGGCAUACGCGGCAAGAAAAUCACAAUUACUAAUUACCAAGGGCCCGCGAGGGAGUAUCUCAAGAAGCUGAUUUCUAUCAUGGCUGGGCCCCGUGGAGAUGGUCCAGAUGUGUUCACCACGACACUUUCUAGCAGUCAUGAUUUAGUCAUUGCUAGCAAACUCGAAGGAGAGAAGGUUAAGCAUGCUCAAGUCUGGCAAAUCCCAAUAGUCAACCAUCUUUGGCUGGAAUCCACCUUUCGUGAAUGGAAGUAUGCAAACCUGAGCAAUACCACGUAUGUACAUUGGACACAAAAGGUCGACUAUGCGAAUAUGUUGCCAGGGUCCAGGAUUGCCGACGAUCCAAUCCCCAUGCUGCGUUCAGAAUUGAAGCUCGUCACAAAGGAAAUGCGGAAGAUUGGAUACACCGACGAGGAAAUUGCAGCACCACCCCGAUGGCGAUUUAUGAAUAGCGACCCCUGGGCCGACGACGCGGUGUUGGAUCGUCGCUCUCCGUCACGUGGAGCCCCGGUGCGACCGGUUGGCAACGUGGUUAUUCCCGAGACUUCUUCACCCGUGAAACCUCAACCGUCACGAGAGUCGCCAGAGAUUCAACCACCAGUACCUCCAACCAAACCACCCACUGUGCCCAAAUUUGCCGAAUUCGCGCGACAACCUGUUCCUAGCAAGGCGCUUCGGAGCCCCUGGGAUCCAUCGCCGACCAAGCGGCCAAAGGCUAGUCAACCUAGUUUGGCUGCCGCGGUGCUCAGUGCGUCAAAAAAGGAGAGGGUGGAGAUGGCGAGGAAACUCGAUGUUGAUUAUGGGCUUCCGGAAGAGCUUGAGCCCGAGGAACCUGAUUCACCGAUUCCGAAGAAGGCGAAAGGAAAAGAGAGAGCCCAGCCUCUGAGUCGAUCAGAUUCUCCAGAACCAGUGCCUGGGAUGGACAAAGCAGAAGACGUCGAUAUAAACUAUCGACAUCCCGAGGCGACCAACAAAGGGAAGAAGCGGGUGAUGCAAACCCAGAGCUCGGAUUCGGACGUGAAGAUUGAGAGCCAGAAUAAUCUACUGACGAGGCGGAAGAAGACGAUUGUCGCUGGCGCUGCGAGGCCGUCCAAGACGUUAAAAGAAGUCGAUGAGGCGCCUCAUGAGGAAAGACCUGAUUCAGGAGAGAGCGACGCCAACGCGGCUGGGCAUAAACAAAGCCGAGUCGCACAUUUGGCGCAGUCGGGGGCCGUUAGGAGGUUGCGUGAUAGCAUUUCGGGCAAGACGGAGCCGCCUCGAAGGAGACCACAGAAGCAGAUGGACAUGGACGAUACCGACGAGCCAAUGGCGGCCAAAUCCAAGGCGCAAGCUAAAGGCAAAGGUCGGAAGCAACCAAAGACCAAGCAAGAGUCUUCUGACUCAGAAAGAAACGAGGAAGAAGAGAGUGGGGACGCGAAAGAAAUUGAUCCAGCGGGUCGACAUCCGGGCAAGCCGAAGCGAAAUUCGGGUCCACCGCCAUCCAACUCUGAGCCUGGUUCUGAGUCUGACGUACCAAACGAACCGGAAACGUCGGCUGGAGGACGGCGCAAAGCAGCCGCACAGGCGGCUCAACGCCUUCACCAAAUCAUGCCAGACGCCAAUCGAUUCGACGAGGAGCUGCGGCGAGGAAGUGUUCGGGGUGAUUGGGAAGAUCCGAAGAAACGAAGGCGUGACGAGCACUCAGAGGGUGAACGACACGUCAAGCGGCGUAGUGUUGGUGGAGAUGCGCGAGGGUCUGCAUUCUCUCACAAAGCAGCUGCGGCGUCAAACAAAGCCGUACGGUAUCUCGCUACCAAGUCUACACUUAGUGAUUCCGACGUCUUGCGACUCAAACAACUCGGAAUACAACAGGCGGAUAAACAUCAGAACUGUACGCACCUCGUCAGUAACACAAUCCUCCGGACCGAAAAGUUUCUCUCUGCGAUUUCCUAUGGUCCCAAGUUUGUGACCGAGGCCUGGCUGAAAGAGUGUCUCGCUCAGAAACGCGUCGUCGGUAAGAUUACUCUCUACAUGUGGGAAGGUAUCAAACCAACUUUGUUCAUAGACGAGACUCCGUUCCUUCUACGCGAUGAAGAAGGUGAAAAGAAGUUUGGCUGCAACUUGCAAGAAACACUGGUUCGCGCCGCCCAAAACCCCGGAAAACUGUUCCAUGGUCACGUCUUUUACCUCAACCCAUCGCUAGAUCCCGUAUUAAUCCACACUAUAUCGAGUACGAUACGGUCAGCUGGAGGGGUGUGCAUGCGACAGGUCCCGCAAGUACGAGCAAUGGAAGAUCACUUGCAUGAUCGACAUUUUAUUGGUGCCGAGGGUGAACACGUCAAACCCAAGAUCAAAGAAUUGCACCAACAUGGUAUUCCUGUCUACACAAAGGAGGUCGUUUUGGUGGCGGUCUUGCGACAGGAGCUUCCGGAUUGGGAGGAAGCGGCUCGACUCGCGUUGGAGGGCAGCGAGUCGUGA